AUGGAAGGAAUUUCAGGAUCAUCAUGCAUCUUAUCUCAGUCUCAUCAGACGAGUGGUGUAAGAACCAUUGCAAAGUUAUUGGAGAAUGGAGGCGUUUGCGGAAUUCCUACUGACACAGUCUAUGCUCUUGCGGCUUCAUGCAAACACCCAGACGCCAUCAAAAGAAUUUACACCAUUAAGGUGAGAAGACAAUUGCUUAGUACUCGUGUGUUGGUGAACUAAUGAGAUAGGAAAUUCAACCAUGAAAAGUAUAGGCACUUUUAAGGCUGAUCUUAGUGUUCAAAGACAUUCAAGAACUGGUGUUAUUUAAUUUAAUUGUAUUUGUUAUUAUUAUUAGCAGAGGGGGCAAGGGAGAGAUGAAUCUCCUAAUAUCUUGUGCUAUAACUAAGUCAUGGAGCAAGCACAAGAGAACUAAAUUUUUUGGUGUCACGUUGUGGGUUUUUGAAAAUCUGUGUCUUUAGAUGUCUGAGAUGGAAUGUUGGUCCUGGGUAAAAGCUUGUUGAUCAAAAUCUAAUUGCCAUUUUUAAAUUAAGAUGGAUUUUUCCACUCUGUGGCACAAUUACAAAUCACUUAGUUUUUGGGAUGGGUCAGGGAGGAGUUGCCAGUUUUGGAACAAGAUCAGAAAUAGAUGUUGAAACUAUAAUGGCUUAGUCAUGGUUUUUUGUUGUGGUUGUUUUUCUUCUUUCACUUUUCAUCUCCUUAUGCUUCCUAAUGAUUAUACUCUCCUCGUUGCCUCUUACUGAUAUUUAUAAUUUAUUUGACUUGAGUACUUUUUUCACUCUAUAUAACUUUGUAACUAUCAAGGUUAUUCAUUGAAGUGAGAAUUCAAAGCCAAUUCAAAGUGAAUUUAAAUUCUCUGUCAGCUAAGUUAAUGAAUUUGAAUGAUAACUUGAUUAAAUAUGCCUCUUGUGUGUUCAGUAGUGUGUUAACGGGGGGUGGAAGGUGGGCUGUGAAUCCGUCCUCGCCAGGUGACAGACACCUGCAUACCGGAGGUAGAGCAAAACAGCAAGUGCCUGAUUUGCCUGAGUUACCCCAUAACAGACUGCUAAGCAGGCAUCAAGGGAGCUGAUGGAAUCAGUCUGUGUUUGGGCUGCACAGCUGCUAAUUUUGGCUACUAAACACAGAUCCAGAAUAUAACAAUACCCCAGCUCUGGCAUGCACAGAUGUGCAGACAUACAGAACAGAGCUGCAAGCAGCUGUGCCAUCAUUGAAUACACUGAUCCCAGCACAAACCACUAGAUACCAGGGAUGAAAGUCAAAAUAAAAAACUAAAUGUGCGAGUGUGUAUGAAUGUGAGUAUGUGUGUGCGUGUAUAUAAACGUGAAUGUUUGUGUUUGUAAUUUCCCUAACAAAAUAGCUUAAGGAAAAUUGUAGAGAGACUAAAUAGAUAAAUAAAUAAAAAUCUACAGUUUGGGUGCGGGGACAGAGGGGAUUGGGGUAGGGGGUUGGGGAAUUCCAGAAUACAUUUCGAAUCAGUUUGCCAGAUAUCCUAGGUACGUCUCUCUAUGUGUCCUACAUUUAUAAUGGCAUUAAAACAGUGAUUUGCUCUAAUUAGUUGCAUAUUUGCAGGGUUAUUCACUAAACAUAUAAUGUUAUCAAAUUAAAUCUGAAUGGCAAAACUGAGGCUAAUAUAGCCAAGCUGUGACUAUAGCCAUUUGAGGAUUUCUCCAAAUCAGCUGUUUUAGCCUCAGAUCUGCCAUUCAGAUUGAAUGUGAUGCAUGUUUUAAUUUAAUUACUAAGUCAGUUGACAUUGACAUUUCAAUCAUCCCUUUACAGGAACGGCCUACUGAAAAGCCAGUCUGCAUCUGUAUCUCUAACCUCGAUCAGCUGAGAGUGAUUAAUCCUCCAUUCAGCCCCCUUCUCUGGAGGUUCAUGGACCUAGUUUACCCUGGGGGAAUCAGCUGCAUUGUCCAGAAAGGGGAGUGGCUAAAAAAAUUGGGUAAGCAAAGCUUCACCAUACGGCCUUAGGCAUGGAGACAGACAACCUCACGCUUCUUAUCCAUACACACGGUCACACCCGCAUAUUUUAAACCAAACUUUCAUGGCAUGUUCCACUGCUUUCAAAUCCUGCAUCCCAUUUGUUAGGUAUCAUUUGUUUGUUUAGUAUACUUGAUUCUAUUUGAAGUCCUGUAAUAAACGUUUAACUCGCAAGUUGGAAUGAACUUGGAAUUAAUAAUAACAUUAAUAACUAAAAAUAAUAACUUAAAAACCGAGUGUAAAGUCAGAGUCCACACUCCUUGCUUUCGGCAAUUCAAUAAUAUUUAUUAAUAAAGGCUAAUCAAACAAAUAAACAAUACAUAUACAUUUGAAAUAGGCUAGUAUAUGUUGCUACUAAAACUAAUCAUUGACUGAAUGGAAAGUAGGCUAAAUUAACAUAAUAAAACAGGCAUAGACACGUGAUACAGUUACCACUCCAUUGAUCAGCAGCUGAGAGUAAGAGAGAGAGAGAGUGUGUAUAGUGGGGAGAGGGGAGAGAGGAGAGAGAAGGUGAAGAGAGGUAAUUCAAAGAGAGAGAAAAUGUGUUAUUCACAGGGCUUUAAACAGGUUAGCCCCUCCUUCUGCUGGACACACCUCCCUUAGUCAAUCCCUUAGGAUGUAACAGAACCAGAGUGCCUCCUGGGGGAAGGGGUAUUGCAUUGGAAGGGAAUGGAGGAGGAGUUUAUCAACAACCCAACUGGUUUUGCCUGGUGAAAGGCCAUGUGCUUCACAGAGGACUCCAUUAUUGCCUAAGGGUAGAAUGGGCGCUUGAAUCCCUGUAUUAGAACACAAUAACACUUCAUUGGCAUACAGUUUGGCUGUUAAUCACAUCCCCCCACUUAUUACAAGUCCAUAGAUAUUAUAGUCAAAACUUUAUAGCUCCUUAUCAAUGUCUGAAGAUUUAACUUAGUUACAAUGUAUGUGUUAAAUUUCUAAUUUGUCUCCAGGGUUUCCAAAUUUCCAUUAAUCUGAGGGAAACCUUCUAGUUCUGCAUUCUUUCAGCCAUAAUGUACACAUGCAGUCCAAAAGUAUGUAAAAUGUAUAUGACUCCAGUCUGAAAUGAACCAACAAAUGCAUUUAUUUAUUUAUAAAAUAUUUUACCAGGAUGGAUACAUUGAGAUUUCUCUCUUUUCAAGUAUGUCCAGGGUCUUUGUCCACAAAAUAUUGCAUUGUUACAAUAGGAUACAAUAUUACAAAAAUACAAUAUACAAACUAUAUAUAUAUACAUACAAAUAUAUAAAUGUAAUACAUAAUAGGUAAUAAAUAUAGUCAACCAUGACAGGUGCAUUCUGUGCUGAGGUAUGUUGCCAAAGAUUUCUUAAAAGAUUUUAGAUUGAAUGAAGAUUUUACUGUGUCCCUGAGGUUAUUCCAGAAUUGCGGUGCUCUCUAGGAAAAGGAGGAUCGAGCCACUUUAUUUUUGUUUUGUGGUAUGCUAAAUAUCGUGCUAGUACUGGAUCGGAGGUUAUAGGAGGUGGGAACAGCUGGGGAGAGCAUUCUACUCACGUAGGGUGGGAGAUUCCCAAAUAUGUUCUUAUGCAUAAGGCUGGAGAGAUGAAGAGUGCGUCAGGAUUCCAGCGAGAGUCAGUUUAGCUCUUUUAACAUUUGUUUCUGUACAGGGCACCUAGUAUUGGGUAACGGUUUGAAGAGAUUUUUUCAAUAUGAAGGCCAAAAGAUACCUAAAUAUUUAAAAGAGCAGACUGCUGUCAGUGUGCUAUUUGAAAUUGUUCUGAUACACAAUUUAAUCGUGAAUUCUGUUUAAUUAAACAUUUCUUAUCUCCUGCAUUGUUAUUAGCUUACUAGGCCCUGCAGAAGAUACAAUUUUAACGUUCAAUUUACAGAGCAGAAUAUAAAAACGUCUAAAGUAAGUCAACAUCUGAUUGACAAUUAAACCAUUAUUUUCAUGCAGGCUGUGUCAGUCAAAGCCAGGGCAGGUGUUGCUGGGGUGGUAUGAACAGAAACAAGAGUGAUUAAACUCCUAAAUGGCAGAGAAUUGAGAACUGAGGGGCAUGAUCUAUAAACAAAAAUGUCUUUAUUAAGCUAUUUAAAGUUGUUUUGGUGACUAUAGUGUCCCUUUAAAUGCCCUUGUGAUUUAAUUCAGUUUGAACUGAUUGUGUCUGGAUGUGUAAUUAUUGCUUUUUCUAUCUCUUAGGUGUAGGUCCUGCAUAUGACCAAGUUGGGACACAUCAGUCUAUCAUGAUAAGGGUUCCUGACCACACUGUCACUUCUCACCUCACUGAUAUAACAGGCCCAAUGGCUAUUACCUCGGCCAAUCCAAGUGGAGAGUCUGACAGCACUCACCAUGACAUGGUUAUAUCGUACGUAACAUAAACGUUUAUUAUUUUUAGUGGGUCUUUAUGGUAUAAGAGAUGAUGCAAGGAAUGCUAGAACCUUUAGUAAUACCAUUUCCAUUUGUACAUUUUCUCUCUCAGACGUCUGAGUGACAAGCUCGAUGCAGUUCUUUGUGAUGGAACUUCCAAUGAAGUUGUAGGAUCUACUGUAGUAAAUUGCUUGAAGAUAGAUGAAGGUGAGUUGUAUUAACUAAGAAAUGCCUUGAUGUACUUAUAUAAUGUCUUAUAAUUCCCAAAAUACAGUAUGUCGGCCCUCAUUAUAUUCUCUCUUUGCUCCUUCUGUAAGAGGAGUGUGAUUUGGGUAUUGACCAUAUGAAAUAAAGAUGUAUCUGGUUUAAAGAAAUACUUGUUGGUCUUAACUCCAAAGUGCAUUCUUUAUUUACUUAAAGGGAUACUAUAGGCACAAAAACAACUUUAGCAUAAUGAAGCAGUUUUGAUAUAUAGAUCAUGCCUCUCCAGUCUCACUGCUCAAUUCUCUGCCAUUUAUUAGUUAAAUCACUUUGUUUAUUGUUUAUGCAGCCCUAGUCACACAUCCCCUGCAUGUGACUUACACACAGUUACAUAGCUGAAAAGAGACUUGCGUCCAUCAAGUUCAGCCUUCCUCACAUAUGUUUUUGCUGUUGAUCCAAAAGAAGGCGAAAAACCUAGUCUGAAGCGCUUCCAGUUUCGCAACAAACUAGGACAAAAUUCCUUCUUGACCCCAAAAUAGCAGUCAGAUGUCUCCUUGGAUCAAGCAGCUAUUACCCCACUAAUUAGAAAUUAUAUCCCUGUAUGUUAUGUUUUUGCAAGUACUUAUCCAAUUGCAGUUUACACAUCUGUAUAGACUCUGUAAACAUCUGUAAGUUUUUGCACAUGAAAUGUGUCCUUAGUAAUCCAUGUAUUGUUUUGUGGAAUAUAUUAAAAUUGUUCAAAUCUCCUUUUUAGGCAUUGUCACAAUACUGCGUGAAGGAUGUGUAUCAUCGACUAAGAUCAUGCAGCUGUUUGAAGUAGCGAAGACCAUGGAGGACAUGAUGUAG